AAUCAGGUUUGGUAGGCAGCGAAAGGUGGAGUGAUACAAAGCCUGUGUCCUUUAGUGUCUGUUGGGACUUGGUUUGUUUUAUUGCAAGGAUUACGUCCGUCCUCCGCACGUAGAGACGAUACUUUCUGUCAGAGAGUCGCUAAUUGUGUUCUCGCAUUUAACCCGUUUGUCGCUAGCAGCUAGUGUGAAGUGUUAGCUGGGCAGCGUUAACAGCGUCAAUAGGAGCUAACAUUAACAUCAGUCGGGAUCGAAAAUCAUCAGUGGUGUCGACUGACGGCGGCUAAAAGGAGCUCCAGAGGAGAGUGUGUGCAGCCCUGCAGGGCUUGCAGGGGGACCGUGAAAAGGACUUAGCUGGAGGCUAGCGUUAUAUAGCUAUCUGUAUGGUUUGUGUUUGCAGUCCCCACUGCCACGGUGCCGUGUAACGUGAGCUGUCCACGUCUAGUCUCGCCUGCUGUAUUUAACGUUGCCAGCUGAGCUAGGCCACGUCCCUGCGGGCGGGUUUCAUCUAACCCACUGACAUUGGACGGGUUGCAGAGAAGAUGCCUAGUGUGCGGAAGGAGGACGGAGAGUAAAGCUCAGUAGAAAUGUGAAAAGUCUUGAACAUUCAUGACUGUCUGCCCGUGUACUGUAGUGUUUGCUUUUCCGAACAGUUGCCGCAUAUCCACGGCAUGUCACGUAGACGGAUGUGUUUUACUCCCAUCGAGCCUCUGUAGGUUGCGGUAACGACCUGAAGUAACGUUACACUUUGUGUUGUUGAAAUGGUUGGGUUUGGUGCAAACCGAAGGGGAGGCCGCCUCCCGUCCUUCAUCCUCAUCUUCUUGAUGGUGAUCAUCGCCAUACUGUCUUUCAACUACUGGACAGUGUCCAACAAGCACGGCCGCCUGCUGGAUGAGAUGGCGGAGGUGCAGACGCAGGUGAAGCGGACGGACGCGGCGCGGAGCCGGCUGGAGAAGCGGAACUCGGAGCUGAUGGUGCAGGUGGACACGCACAGGAAGCAGAUCGACCAGAAGGAUGGAGACUACAGCGUCCUGGAGGGCAAGCUGCAGGCCCGGGAGGCGCUCAUCAAAAAGUGUAAUGAUGAAAAGAUGAAGGUGCAGGGUGAUGUCACAGCCCAGAUGACAGAAAUCCAGAGGCUGAAAGAGCAGCUAAAGGAGCUGAAGCAGGAGUUCAUGAAACAAGAAGAGCAGCUAAGAGAAGUGAAGAAAAACAGCACUACCUUGGAAAGAAAACUGGAGUAUGAGAGUUUACAGUGUGGACGUCAGAUCGCACAACUGAAAGACGAGUAUGAAGAAACAAAAAAGACUCUGGAGGAAGAAACACUGAAGCUCAGACAGAGUGUAAUGGACGGCCAGAAGGGUGCAGCGGCUGGUCGACAUGCAGAGGGAGCAGCCGGGGUGGAGCUGGCUGGAGAGCGCCAUACUGUGGCCACUCACCGGCAUGACAGUCCAGAUUUAAAAGAAGAGAUGGGUAAGCCUGGCAGUGAUGCUGGUAUGCCUGGUAUUGAAGACAGCGAGGUGGGAAAAAUUGACGAUGUGCAAUUUGCCUUGAAGAAACCAGCCAUCACUCAGAAGCACGAUGACGCCCCUGAUGUGAUUGUGGGAGGUGGUGCUGGACCUGGAGUCGGGGCAGCUGAUGGCCCCGGGGGUCUGGGCCUGUCCCUGGACCAGCCCAGGCUCCAGCAGGACAGAGUGGACGCCCGAGCCGCCGUGGUGGCAGCUCCAGGCAUCAUCAAACAGGCAGACAAACCCAUAGUGUUCGAAGAGGACAACAAGGCAGGUAUCAAGGCAGACGAGCUGGGAGAGCAGCAAAGACAACUGAGAGCUCCAGAUAAUGUCAAAGGUGACAACGAACACUUGAAGGGGAUCCCUCUGCCCCCCAACCCCGCCCAGGUGCCCAACCCCAUCCAGCUUCACCACGCCAAAGACCAAGUCGCAGCAGAACCAGUGCACCACCGUCAAAGCCGGUUCUUUGAUGAGAACGAGUCCCCAGUAGAUCCGCAACACGGCUCUAAGCUAGCGGACUACAAUGGGGAUGAUGGGAACGUGGGUGAGUAUGAGGCCGACAAGCAGGCCGAGCUGGCCUACAAUGAGGAAGAGGAUGGUGAUGGUGGGGAGGAAGACGUCCAAGAUGACGAUGAUCGAGACAUGCAGGGAGACCGGGCUGUGGAUUACGGGAAAAGACAUCAAGCCAUUGACAUUCUUUGAAUGGGAGCUCGUGCAGCCGUAACUUAUUAAAAAUAUUCAGACCUUCCUCUCCAACCGAGGUCUUUUCUCGAGAAAAUAGUUUGAACAUCAACAUGUUUAAGAAUUUAUAGGGUGCAUCCUCAAUGUCAUGGACUUGUUUGACAAACGGACGUUGCAACUAAUGAAAUUAAUUCUGAAUAAUGUACCAUAAUACAAAGAAAAAAACAUCAUGGCAUUGUCCUGAGCUGCUGUUGAUUUGCUAAUGGUUCUAAGUUAUGGCAGUAGAGAUGAUAUACUGUACACUGACUGUUGAGUUAUGUUAUUUGAUAACUGCAUCAGUUCUUAAGGGAGGAAGAGCCCUGUUGACUCACAGCUGAACUGAAAGCUCAAACUGUGUUUUCUUUUUGCUACUUUUUCUUUUCAGGUUGCUGUUGCUUAACAUAAACAAACUCUUCAUCUGAGAUGUUUAUCAAAGAGACUAAUUCGGCACUCUGCCUUUUCUAACAUAAUUGUGGGACGUACAUGGAAGACCUUUUUUUUGUUUACAGGAGUGGGAAUGCAUUGAAAACGCCAAGGACUUUGCUUAUAGACUCUUAAAUCGGUUUAUUUUCUUUGUGACAGACACUCCAAAGUGCUCCUCUUUGUUUUUUUUUUUUUUGUUUCAAUGAUGCCAUUGCAUGCAUUUAAAACUUUUUUAUUAAUUAUCAAACUGAGCAAAAUAUUGAUGCUUAAGCAAUACUUAGAGUGGUGUUAGUAUCCUCCAGUGUGCAAAGAUUAACCAAGCACACAUAGAAACUGACUUACUGUACACAUGCUUCCAUGAAUGAGGACUCUUGUACAUAAUGUAGUUGAACUGUUACCAUUUGUACGGAGGAAAUCCUAUUCCUCAACUUUUAGGGAAAUCUGUUAACAUGAAAUCAGUUUGUUUGUGCAGCCAGGAAAAUUGAUUUCUCAUGGAAAGGCACAUUGAAUGUAAUUUAAUUUUAUUAAAGGUGAUGCUUCAUGUAA